UGAAUAAAGAAGGAAGAAAUGUACAAUCACAGGACAUCAAGAGACAGAUAAUUACCAGAGAAGACAUGAAAUAAUGGAUAUUUAUUUGUUGAAAGUUGUGUGUGUUGUAUGCACUGUACUCCUUAAUGCUACAGGCUCACUCACCCAGCUGAAUGUGUGUAGUCAGGAUCCAGUGGAAACCAAGAUUGUGGGUGGUGAAGAUGCCUCUCCUGGGUCCUGGCCUUGGCAGGUCAGCAUUCAGGUGAGAGGCAGUCAUCACUGUGGAGGCAGCCUGAUCACUGAGAAAUGGGUCUUAUCAGCUGCUCACUGUUUCCAAAGAUUUGCAGCAUCUGACAUCACUGUCUAUUUAGGAAUGGGAAGUAUGGAGGGGACUAACCCUAAUAAGCAGGAAAGAAGUGCUAGUAACAUUAUCAUCCACGAAGAAUAUAAUAAUGCCACCAAAGACAACGACAUUGCCCUGGUCCAGCUCUCUUCUGCAGUGACUUUGACCAGUUAUGUCAUGAUGGUGUGCCUUGCAAAACGCAACAGUGUUUUUCCUGGUGGUACUAAUGCCUGGGUCACAGGAUGGGGUAAUAUUGCUUCUGAAGUGGCUCUGCCGCCCCCUCGAAUCCUGCAGAAGGUGCAGGUGCCGAUUGUCAGUAACAAUGACUGUGCAAAAGCAUAUGGAUCAGGUUCCAUCACAGACAGUAUGAUGUGUGCCGGCUUAGUUGAGGGAGGAAAAGACUCAUGCCAGGGUGAUUCUGGAGGUCCACUGGUGGUCAAAGACAAUGGAGUCUGGGUUCAGGCUGGGAUUGUGAGCUUUGGCAAAGGCUGUGCUGAACCUAAAUAUCCCGGUGUGUACACCAGAGUGUCUCAGUACCAAGACUGGAUUAACAGCAGGAUCAGCAGCAACAAACCUGGAUUUGAAACAUUUUAUGAACAACCUCAUUCCUACUACUUAAUUAUGUUCGUUUGCCCGUUCUUGCUCAUUUACAUUGUAAAAAAGUACCUUCUAAAAAAUGGCAGCUGGUGUGACAAAAAUAAAUCUACUGUGUAAAUCUAUUAUGAAAUAUA